AUGCAUGUUUUCUGCACAUUCACUACUUUUUGUAUACUGGGGACUGAAACAAGACAAGCCAUAACAGCGCUUUCAUCUUAUUCGCCGGCAUACAUCACUCCUCCUACGGUUCUUUGGUCUAACUUGACAUCAUGUAUGCUUAUGGGUAUCAUGCAAUCACUGAACGCAUACACUUGGAUGAAAGAUCAUCAAGUUUUAUUUUUGGGCGUGACCACCGGAUACUGUGGUUCUCUUUCUUCGUUUUCCAGUAUGUUACUAGAAACUUUUGAACAUUCUACCAAUUUAACUAAUGAUAAUAUUGCGCAUCACACAAGGUUUCCGAACAGAGCCUAUGGGAUAAUGGAAUUUUUAUCUGUCUUAUUGGUUCACCUUAUGGUGUCCAUGGGUAGUUUUAUUUUUGGCAGACAAUUUGGGAAAGAAAUUAUCGUCACCUAUGGCUCUAUAGCUUUUUCAAGGACCUAUAAUCAUUCGGUAGGUACUACGAGCCAAAACUCGGCAGAUGCGAAUGCAGAAGAACUGGAAAAGAAUAUCCUGGUACUCAACUUUAAAACUCCAGCACCCUAUGUUUUGAGGUGUUUUGAUAUUAUAGAUAAGCUAGCAUACGCCCUAGCUAUUCCGUUAAUUAUCUUAUUCGUUGUUUUAUGUGCAUAUUUCGAUAAUUAUUCAAGGGGUAAAUGGACAUUGCCCUGUCUAUUUGGUAUUUUCGCUGGUUUUCUAAGAUAUUGGCUAGCAGAGAGGUUCAACAAGAAAUACGAAAAGUUUCCAUUGGGCACAUUCUUUGCGAACACUUUCGCCACUUUGUUAAUCGGCAUAUUCACCAUGGUUCAACGUGGUAAAAAACGCUCCUUCAUUGACGUUCCAAUUGUGAACAAUUUGAAUUCGUGCCACAUUGUUUCUGCCCUGAUUUCAGGAUUUUGUGGUACAUUAAGUACUAUCAGUACGUUUAUUAAUGAAGGGUAUAAGCUGCCAUUCAUUCAUAUGUUUGUUUAUUAUAUUAUUUCUAUUGCACUCUCGUAUUGUUUAUUGGUAAUUACCCUGGGUUCUUAUGCCUGGAAAAGAGGGUUGACCCUUGCAGCUUGUUAA